GUAUUGAAGUUGGCUCAUGACAAGCCACAGUCUGACGGAUCAUCGAUCAUAAGAGCUCGCAGCGACCUGCAUCCGAGGAGCUGAUGCCUGCUUCAUGUGAGACAGCUGACGGUGCGCGAGCUCUUCUCUGACAAGGACAUGCAUCAGAUGAGAUCUGAAUUCAUUUGAACAGAACUGGUGACAGAACUCAGCCUACUUGCAGCUAUUGGACGUGUACUGCAACCCAAUAAAUUUAAGGAACUACAGGAACCGUAUGAAGUUAUGGAUUGUAGAGGGACUAUAUAAAUGCUAUCUUUUUAUUUUUAUUUUUUUAAACCUGGGUUGCAUCGGUUUCAGUGACCUACUUGUUGAUUCGAUAUUGAGUAUUUUUUUUAAUAGCCCAUCACAAUGUUCCAGCACAAUAAGAAGUGCUUCACCAUUGAAUCUCUCGUAGGUAAAGACUCCAGUUCCUCAGGUUCUGCCUCGGAGGAGCCCAUCAGACCCACUGCUCUGAGGUUUACUGAAUCCAUCCAUCCUUCUCCCUUUGGGAGCUGCUUCCAGAACUCAGGCAGGACAUUGUACAGCAGCAGCCCAGAGAUGAUGUUCACAGACCCGGCCACUCACUCCAGCAACCCCGGCCUGUCUCUGCGGCACCUCCAGAUCCCCACACAGCCCUUCUUCAGUCCCCAUCAGAGAGAAACCUUCAACUUCUACCCGUGGGUGCUGAGGAACAGAUAUCUGGGACAUCGAUUCCAAGGUGAUGAUAGUAGCCCGGAAAACCUGCUGCUACACGGACCUUUCUCUCGCAAGCCCAAGCGCAUCCGCACGGCCUUCUCCCCCUCGCAGCUGCUCCGGCUGGAACGUGCCUUUGAGAAGAACCAUUACGUGGUGGGAGCCGAGCGGAAACAGUUAGCCAAUGGGCUGUGCUUGACAGAGACGCAGGUGAAAGUCUGGUUCCAGAACAGAAGGACCAAACACAAGAGACAGAAGCUGGAGGAAGAGUCACCGGACUCGCAGCAGAAGAGGAAAGGUACUCAACACGUGAGCCGCUGGAGGGUGGCCACUCAGCAGGGCAGCCCUGAGGACAUUGACGUCAUUUCAGAAGACUGAUAUCAUACGUCUGUGUUAACUUCAGUCAUGCUGAUGGAUCCCUUCCGCAAAAAAGCAAGACAUUUCUUCAGACUUGGUCAUGAAUUGAACUUGGCUUGUAAACUGAGGAACUGAGUCACAGCCGGCUGCUGCUGAUUUCUGAUCAUGCACAACAGAAUAGAGGACGAUGGCAGCAGCCGAAAUACUCACAAAGACUGGAAGACUUCUGUAUGCAAUACACACGGACCUCUUCAUUUUGGAUCCCACUCCAUCUCAGAGCAAUGAAGAUUUUUUUUUUUAAGGUUUCACUUCUCUCUUGCUCUUUAAUUAUCAGUCAGAACAUUUCCAUCUUAAAGUAGUAUAUUGGAUGCACACAGGUAAUAAAACCACCUUAAUGAAUAGAUUGAGAAAUGUUUUGUAGUGUUAAAUUGCUUUAGGAAUUCAACGGCCACAGUCUAACAACAAAAGGUGGAUCCAGUGUGAGAAUGAAAUAUCACUAAUAGAUCAUGUGAUAUUUUACAACUGGAUGUUUGUAUUUGGCAAAGCGUUGUUAUUUUACAAACUAGGCAAAUUCAAUCAGUCUUUCUAGAAAACCACUAGUGCAGUUUCACAUUUGAAAUGGUUCUAUUUAUUCCUUUUCUAUGCAUUUGAGCUCCAAACCCAAAAUUAUCAUUUUGCGUUUUACAUCUGGGUUAAAGCUUAUACGGAAGAUUUUAAAUGUGUUGUGCGAGAAUUACUUUUUUUAUUUUUUUAUUGCUUGUUACCACAAUAACUCUUGAUCUGAUGUCAAAUAUCAGUAAACUAGACAAGCUUAAAAAUGCUUGAAUUUCUUUCUUCGCUCAAUUAAAAAAGAAUAAAAAUACAAAUACAAAUUCUCAGUCUAACCUCUGAGACCCAGAAUGGUUUGUAGCACUUCACAGCAGAUUUCUUUAAGGUUAAAAGCACUGUUAUCCCAUCUGUUUGUCUUCAUUGUUCAGCCAUUUUCUUUGUGUUAUGUGUUUCUUUAACUUUU